AUGUCUGGGACGACUCUUUUUGGUAGUCCGGCCAUUCUUGGAAUGCGCCUGUUAAUCGGAGAUCGAGAAUCACGUUUGUUUGUUGCUUUGAUUGUACUCAAACCAGGUCAAACGCAGUUCGCACAUGAUGCUGGACUUGCGCAAAGUGGGUCUGAGAUGGGCAUCGAGCGAGGGCCUGCCUCAAUCGCCCGCCCGCACAUGCAGAGUCCGGCCCGCGAUCUACGAUACCAGGCGGGAGGGCAGGACACGGGAACGCGACAGGGUCAGGGAAAGCAGAAGAUAUGCGCAAAUGUCAGAGGAGGAGGACAAACUUUAAAGAAAAAAGAAAAGAAAAAGAAGAAAGAAUUGGACCAGACUGGACUGGAUUGGGCUGGACAGGGCGGAGGACAACGGAGUGUCGCCCAAUCCGCCCAGCUAGUAUGA